AUGGAGAACACGCGAGGCCCCCCCAGCGAGGCGGGCGCUUCUCCGUGUCCAGCGCCCCUCAGCCUGGUGGGCUCUUCGUCGCGUCCCAGGUCCCCCGGCCGGAGUGCGACGACGCGGAGCGCUGAGGACAGCAUCUGUAACCUCCUGCCCCGCCUGGAGGAGAAGCCGGUCAAACCUCCCAGGUAUAUAUCGAUGUUUAGACCAUCCGUGAAACGUGAAGCAGAGAAAAAUAAAGCUCAGUGGAAAACUAUGGGACCAGCAAAAGUUGCAGUGCCAUCUCCAAAAAAUUUUCUGCAGAAACAUUCAAAGGAACCCAAGCUACCAGCACGAAAGAAAGAACAGGACAGUAAGAAAUUGCCUGCAUUAUCAGUGCCACGGAGGACAGAUCACCCAGUUAUGGGAAUUCAGAGUAAAAAGAAUUUUAUAAAUACAAAUGCGGUUGCUGCUAUCACAGGAUUGCCUAAAAAGCCUCAACCUAUUUAUGUUGAUACAAGACAGGGAGAUAAACACAUGCUUGAAACUUCAGGUCUUGUUCCAAAAUUCAUUAAAAAAAAG